AUGGCUAAUCGAUUAACUUACAACUAUUUGUUGCUGUCAGAUGAUCCACAAAAAGUCGUUGAAUUGUCAAAUGUUCCAAUCAAAGUCAAAAACGAUUUCCGAAAUGAUAUCGCUGUCUUGAGAGCCAUUGCCAUCAUCUCUGUUUUCGCGUUUCAUUUUUGUCCAGAUUUCUUUCCACAGGGAUUUCUUGGAGUCGAUAUUUUCUUUGUUAUUUCUGGCGUCUCAAUCGUUUUUCUUUAUACAGUAGCCUGGAAGCGACGAUAUUUUCCUAUGUUUGGUCCAGCUACUUACAUGUUUCUCAAUGUUGAAAUGGAAAACUUGGACAUUGGAUACUUUAGUCAGGUUAGU